GCGAAGGGGAGUCCACCCGAGCUCGGACCCCGGCUCGGCCCGGGACCGGCCAGCGACAGAGCAGAAACCAUUCUCUCGGGACCAUUCUCAGAUAAGAGACACCAAAGCUGUGACCUAUGCCAGUGCCACCACCACCACCACCACCACCACCACCACCUCCACCUCCCCCGCCUCUGGGGGCUCCGCCCCCUCCACCACCAUCAGCACCCCCGCUAAGUGCAGAUCCUCCCAGCUUGAGGAAGGUAGAUCCCAAAGGUCGGAGUGCACUGUUGGCCGACAUCCAGCAAGGAACUCGCCUACGCAAAGUCACGCAGAUCAAUGACCGCAGUGCCCCACAAAUCGAGAGUUCUAAAGGAACCAACAAAGAAGGUGGAGGCCCUGCAAAUUCCCGAGGUGGGAGCACGCCCCCAGCCCUGGGGGAUCUGUUUGCCGGUGGCUUUCCUGUGCUGCGACCAGCUGGCCAGAGGGAUGCAGCAGGUGGCAAGACAGGGCAGGCCCCUGGCUCCCGAGCACCUUCUCCCCGGCUUCCCAUCAAAGCCAUCGGCGGCCCGCUCAAUGCCCCUGCAUCUCCCAGACUAGGCAAUGCCCCCGAAGUGGCACAUGGCGCCGGCAGGACAAUCCCUCCUCGCCCCAGCAUGCCUGCUCCACCACCUCCCACCCCACCCCCACCGCCCCCACCCUUACCCCCAACCCUGCCCUCGCCAUCCCCUCUAAAAUCUCCCCUGGUGUCCCCAUCUGGCCCACCGACCAAAGGGACUCCCCCAGUGGUCGCACCACCUCUCCCCAGUGUACCUCCCCCACCUCCUCCUCCACCACCACCACCUCCCUCAACCCCAGCCCCACCACCCCCAACCUCUCUUCUCAGUGACAAGGCAGCGAAACCCCAGCUAGCCCCCUUGCACCUGCCGCCCAUCCCACCUCCACUCCCCCUUCUGCCACCUUGUGGGUAUCCGGGGCUCAACUCAGAUUCUGCCAGCCCUAACCAAGAUGUCCGGGAGCCUCCCGCCCCACCGCCUCCACCACCCCCACCACCUCCUCUCCCCCUUUAUGCCUCAUGCACCCCAAGAUCCUCUGUGGCUAUGUCCCCGUUGUCAGGCUCUAACAACAUCAAUGAAGCCCCACCCCCACUACCCCCCAAGUCCCCCAACUUCCAGGUCCAGCCAUUGAAGCCCAGUGGGCCGGCACCGCCUGCACCCCCUGGAUCUCAGGUGUUCCUGCAGAAGAAGCGUCCUGGCAGAGGCCCAGGCACCAGUGGGGGGAAGCUAAAUCCUCCCCCAGCACCUCCUGCGAGAUCACCCACCACAGAGCUUUCAAGCAAGAGCCAGCAGGCCCCCGCCUGGACCCCAACACAGCAGCUGGGAGGUCAGCUUCGAAAUGGAAGCCUGAACAUCAUGGAUGACUUUGAGUCUAAAUUCACCUUCCAUUCUGUGGAAGACUUUCCUCCUCCCGAUGAAUAUAAACCAUGCCAGAAGAUUUACCCCAGCAAGAUCCCCAGAAGCCGUGCACCUGGUCCCUGGCUCCAAGCCGAGGCCACUGGGCCCAGCUCCGAUGACAUCAAAGGCAGAAAUUCUCAGUUAUGUCUAAAGACACUCCGGUGAGAAGACAGAUGAAGCCAAGGCCCUGGGGGCACCUGGGUUGCGGUACAGGAUGGGCAUCCCUGGGAAGACGUGUCUGGACCCACCAUACUCAACGUGUGAUUCAGCUGACAUGCAGGCUCUGCAUGGAGCUUUUAUUUAUUGUAAAUACGUGGUUUGCACAGGCUUUAAAUCAGUAUUCUAGUCGACUUUAAGUAAUUUUUGAAAAGAUACCAUUUCUCCAUUUUUUAAGUGCAUCUUGACAUUUGUCUGUCAAUACAUACAGAGCCCUGUCCCCACUGGGAGUCCACUCCAAGACUGUAUAUACACGUGCGGGCUGGCCCUUCCUAGAUACUGAACCAUUCUGAGAAGAGCUCUUAGUUUGCAGGUAAUCCCAAAGUCAUAGUAUCCACGACGGCUUCUUAUUGGCAUGAUUUUAUAUUCUCAUUGCACCAACCACAAAGUCAAACCAAAUAAUGCCUUAUAAUGACGCAGCUCAGAGAGUAGUGUGUCCCCACACCCUGAAAGCCACGCAGCCUCCAGUGAACGAGAUGCCAAGUCUCGCUUCCUUUUUGCAGUACAGGGAUUUUUUUUCUUGCUGCCUAAUGUAAAUAUAGUACAGAACAAAGGCAAGGACGGGCUUGGUCCCUCCAGUGCUGACCACAAGACCCCUUUUGUAACUGAAUGAUCCUACAAGUAGCCAAUGCUCUUACUGUUUACAGUGCCCCUCGGGCCCAAGUCUCCGUGACUUCCUCCUGUCCCCUCUGAGCCUCCAGCCCCAGCCCAGCUAGCUGAGGUGAGAUUUAUGAGAUUUUGGCAUUUUCCUUGCAAGUUAGAAAUAUACACAACUCCUUUUCAUAGUAAAUUACUAACUCUAUCUCAGAGGUCUUUUUUUCUCCUGAAUGCAGGAUUUCUGUAAAAAUAUGGCAUGAAAAAGAUAUAGCAAAAUAUAUUGUGAAAUAUCUGCCUCAAAUAUCUGGUUUCUUACCCCCUUCCUUAGGAAGCCAGGAACCACCUGUCAGGCAAAACCUAGUUCCUCUCUGUGCUAACCAGCACCUUAGGGAUCUGAGAGCUCCCACUCCUGGUGGGGUAGGGGGGGCAAAUUCAGCCCCCCUGAAUGUGGAGGGUCAGGACUGACUGCGACUGUGCUCACACACUGUCUUUCUUGCACUGGCAAGGGAAUGGAAGUGUGUGUUUUCUUGCAUCUCACCCCAGAUACUCUCCAUCCCAGGAGGGCAAGGUGGUAACAGAGAAACAGAGAAAACAAGGAAACAGUAAUCCCUGGGCUAUGUUCAGAAUAGCUGCAGAUAAAAGGAAAUUAGGGAGGAAGUGCAGUGAAGAGUAUGUUUCCCUUGGAAUGUGUUCACACCUGAGUGACAUGCCCAGACCGAGUUACCAAGCCCAGGGUGACAACUGGGAGGGUUUUAUAAAUAUUACUGCUUCCGCCUCGCUGCUCUGCAGAGGAAAGAUGAAGGUGGCGUCCUGCAUUCACAUUCCAGACAGAAGUGACUGUGCCAGGUCAAAUCCCUUCCCAGGGGAAUAAAUCAGCAGAAAUAGCUAAAUCAAUUGAAAAGAAGCAUUUGCAGAUCAUCAGCUCUGGGCAUAACUGACAUUUUCUUUUUUUUAUUGGUUCUAGAAGGUUCUGAAAGGUCAGGAUUUCUUUAUGCUAACGUAUCUAUUCUAACUCCCAAUUGUAUAAAAUAAUUAUGGAGUUUUAAUUAUCGUGAUUUAGAAGCUCCAAGCAGAGGCCAUCCCACCUUCAGAGUAGAUCCUGUGCCCUGAUGAGAUGUUUAUAAAUUCAUGUUCCACACCCCUGGGAUAGAAAUUAAAAAUAAAACUGUUCAGGGACAGAGGGAAGAAAUGAGAAGAAACCAAAAAUCACAAUUAGGGAAAAAUCUCAGGAAUCUGGCUCCAUAUCUCUCCUCCAGACCAUCACUGGAUUCACGCCCUUUGAUCGUGUUCCUCUGGCAGGACAAAGAUUUAACCCCUUGACCAUGAACUCCUAUGUAGAGGCAGCAAGUCACGGCGCCCCUACUCUCUCCCCCAUUCUCAGUCACACUGUCGUCUGUGAGUUUCACUUGUAUUUCAUAUUUAUUGAUGCUCCCUCCGCAGAUUCAUUUCUUUGUACCUAAUAAACUUUAGUAAGUGGAGAUAUUUCCGGUCGUGUCCUUGUUAAAACCCAUCGGCGGUCACCA